GAUGAAGGUUCUUUUAAUAAUACUUGCGCUGAGCGUUAUCCUGAACUCAGUCCUUUCAUCAUCGGGAGCUCAUCAUUCAGGGAAAGAAACAGCAUGUUUAAAAAUAGCAUUAUAAUUGGAAGAGCUGUCCACCGCCUCCAGUAUAUAAAGGACCCUCGAUGUGCUGACGUCUAUAUUGCUGGCGGUCGACCAUGGCUUCCAUAUUCGCGUCCAUCCUCAACAUCAUCAUCUAUGUUUUGUUUCUGGUCAUAGGAGCACAAUCUGCGAGAUGCAAGACUACACCAUUACCUCCUAACUGUUACCAGCCUGUUUGUGGACCCUGUCCAGAUGGUGCUCAAUGCUUCUGUGAUCCUGGAACUCCAUUGGGAGAUCCUAUCUGCUCGGACAACCUCCCACAGUCUGCACGAUAAACAUAAAUGUUCA